AUGCCUCAAGAAGAAUGGAGAUUCAUUCAAUUCAUUGUUAUUAACCAUGCAACGGGUCUAUACAUAGAGUUUUUAAUGGACUGGUCUGUACCUGACAACAUCGGUAUUGCGUUUGGCGAUGUAAGAUUCAGUUUUUGGCAUCGGAAAUUCACUAUCACCAAAAAUCAUACGAGCAAGGAGGAGAUGAUAGUUGUCAGAAAAGGUUAUCCUGAGAUCAUCAAGGCAUCGGAAAGUCCCGAUGAUUCAUUGGAGAAGCUGCGGGGAAGAAAUCAUGAAAUAAAAAACUAUGACUUGACUGGAUUCUGUAAAUCAAAAGCGAUUAAGGCGUGA